AUGCGUCUUUCCACCGCGCUGAUCACUUCUAUCCUCGCCAUAGGCGUCAUUGCUAGUCCAAUUGAGGGCCAUGGUACCCAUCUUGCUCGUGAUGGAUAUCAUGACAAAGCCCACAACGAGGGCUACUACAAGGAUCACGACAAGGAUCACGACGAGGACCACGACAAGGACCAUGACAAAGACCAUGACAAAGACCAUGACAAAGACCAUGACAAGGACCAUGACAAGGACCAUGACAAGGACUAUGACAUAGGCUAUUACAAGAACUACGACAAGCGCCAGAACCAGAACUACGACUGGGACCACAAGAAGGACCACGACAAGGACCAUGAUUGGGACCACAACAAGGACCAUGACAGGGACCAUGAUUGGGACCACGACAAGGACCAUGAUUGGGACCAUGACAAGGAUGAUGAUAAGCACCUUGACAAAGGCUAUUACAAUCACUACGACAAGCGCCAGGGCAAGGACUAUGACUGGGACCACGCCAAGGACCACGACAAGGACCACGACAAGGACCAUGACAAGGACCAUGACAAGGACCACGACAAGGACCACGACAAGGACCACGACAAGGACUACAGAAAUGACUACGAAUAUUAG